AUGUCCAUGGUAAAACUAGUAUCGGCCCAGCCAAUUGCUUUCGGCAAGAAUGCGCUUCUCCAAAAACGCUUCGAGAGCCGCUGCAAUCAUUUGGAUCAUGACCAUCGCGCCACCCAGCGAAAGAUCCAGGGAGCGGCAGAACAGUGUGUUGUAUCAGCCUAUAGCCUAUUGGUGGAGGCUGAACAGUAUGAGCGGGAGAAGAUAGAUAGAGGGGACAUCAAAUAUGAUAGUUUUACAGGCCGGUAUUCAGCUAUGCCAGUACAUGGCAAGGCACGCAGACACUUACGGAAGGUACGUCCUUUGACAGCGGCAGGCCAUGGGACAAGCACACCUCGGGUUGAGCUGGACAGGAAGAGGCCUUCAACAGCUAUUGCGAGCCUUGGCAAUUUAUCUAUGACAGAAAUUGACAAUGAACCGACAUUUGAAAGCCAAAUGUCUAUGGAACGAAAAAACGCUACAACUGCGAACAAUCCGUCACUUGUUGUUCAACAAACUCUAAUUGAAAAUAAAAAUGAAAUGGAAUCGCAAUCCAAUUCUCACUCCAAACGGACUUCAGAUCUUCAUGUCACCAUCCCGAAAACGACGUCACAAAACAUGGUCCACCUUCAACCGAAUUCCUCUCCCCUUCGUGCCUCAGAACGCAAUGGUAGACUUUUGACAGACCGUUCUGCAUCGCGGGCGUCCUCUACACAAUCCUCUAUGCGGGAAUCAAGAGGAUGUAAUAAGGACGUGCGUAACGGGAAAAUUCGUCGUCCACGUACAGCUGAUGACUUCCGUCGGAAGUGUGACGAAAAUGAGAUGACAACAUACUGGAACAAGAGAGUCACAAAACUGAUAAAACGGUGGAACCUGGAGGACAUGUCAGAUCCUUUUUUAACCAAUGACAGUAUGCCCUACAGUGAGGAUAUUGUUCCCCCAAAAGAACCCCCCUCUCCGAUUCUCGAGCCCCCUACUCGUUCACAUGAACCAGAAACGGAUGCAUCUAUUAAGACUAAGAAAUUCAUUCAGACAUAUGGAAGCCAAUUUCGUUCACUGCUCCGACCGAAUUCUGCGCCCACUGUUACAGAGAGCAAGACUCGGCGUCGUCCUGUGCAAGUGACACGCCAAGAGCUGAAUAGCAUCAAAGCUGACAUAUCCCGCAGGCGAAAGCAAACAAAUGCAAUUCUAAGAAAGAGUAAACGUAUUCGAAACCACAUACAAACACUUGCAGACUGGAAAUAUGAAGGAUAA